GCAGAAGUGCUAUGUCAACAAUUGAAACUGCAAGUCUGCAAGAGAGGUGUCGCACUGAAGUAGACAACUCAGCAAGCAAGUGUAUGUUGAUUCCAUCUGAACAAUGCCAGUUUGGUUCAUGCCCGGGACAACGGCACUCGAGACGCGAGACCACGUCAUGACUGCCGUCAUAAGUCAGGGCAUGACCGUGCCAUGACGUCGAGCCAGAAAAUUGUUUGUACGAUGCUGCUACUUAUACAAGCCGGCUUCUGCUGGACGACAAGUAAUUUAACGACCAACCAAAUAACAGUAUGAGUGCGACAAACGACAAGCAGAAAUUCCGAGGCUUCUAUGUGACCGAUGCCAAGAACUGGUCUACCUUCAAGGAGCAGGAAGCACCUGAGCUCAAGCCUUUCGGCGAGUACGACAUUGAUAUCAAAUCCGAGUGCUGUGGCGUGUGCUCGUCUGAUGUACACACCAUCAGCUCUGGCUGGGGAGCCGCCCCUCUGCCUGUGUGCGCCGGACACGAAGUUGUUGGUCGCGUUGAACGCGUCGGAAGCAAGGUCACGGAGUUCAAGGUCGGCGACCGCGCAGGAGUGGGUGCACAAGUGUGGUCUUGCGGUGUGUGUACUGCAUGUACCUCUGCACGCGGCGACGAAAAUUACUGUCCCCACAAGGUCGACACGUACGGCGCCCCAUACCCAACCGAAUCCGAAGCAGCAGACUUUGGCGUGAAGAACGGAAAGGCCCUCGGUCUGGACGGCUCAAAAGCACAAGGCGGCUACUCGAACCGCAUCCGCGCUCACGAACAGUUCGUGUUUCCCAUUCCAGCAGGGCUUGAUUCUGCUGAAGCCGCUCCGCUUAUGUGCGCUGGCUUGACCGUUUUCAGUCCUCUUGUACGUGCAGGAGCUGGCAAGGAGAACUGCAAGAAGGUUGCAAUCGCUGGUGUAGGAGGCCUCGGACAUUACGCUGUGCAAUUUGCCAAGGCAAUGGGCGCUGAGGUGACAGUAUUUACUCACUCCGCGAGUAAGAAGGACGAUAUCGAAAAAAUGGGAGCCGAUAAGGUUGUCGUGACCGCCAACGAAGGCUGGGAGAAAGAACACGCCAUGAAGUUUGACUUUAUGUUGUCAACAAUUGAUGCAGCUAAAGGAGUGCUUCUUCAGCAGUUUUGCUCGUGUCUUCGCAUUGGCGGAGAGUUCCACUCCGUUGGCCUGCCAGACGAUCCAUUGGAUGACAUCAAAGCGCAGCUCUUUGCUGCAAAUGCAUGUAAACUCACUGGAUCUCACAUCGGUUCAAAGAAAGAGAUGCUUCAAAUGCUCAAGCUAGUGGAGGAGAAGAAGAUCAAGUCGUGGAUUAUGAAGUUACCUAUCUCCGCGGAGGCUUGCAAGGAGGCGGUUGAGCGUGUUUACAACAACGAUAACGUUCGUUACCGACUUGUUCUAACAGACUUUGAGAAGGCUUUUGGCAAAGAGUAGAGUAGUUUGGUAAUAGUAUGGCUUCCGUUACCCAAAAGUAUACGUUUGAGUCUGGGCCCUGCGAGUCACAAUUUCGAACAUGAACCUUGGGGCAAAAAGAGGUGGCUAUGGCUUUUGCGAUGCUAUCUAUGCUGUAUGCAGGCUCAAGAUUCCAUCGACUGCAUAGGAUACUUUGGGAUUUCCA